CUCAUCAUCAUGUCCUUCAAGUUGCGCUGGUGCCCCUCCUUGCAUUUACGGUGUAGCAGACAACUUUUUGUGCGUGACGAUUUCUGACCUCUCGGUAUUUAUUUUGCUGAUACACACACCACUUCCACCUUGUUCUCUGUACAAACUUCACAGCCUCCACAACCUCUACGACAGCCAUUCCGUCCAGUCACCAGCCAGUAUUUCUCUCCACCGUCAACCAGAUAUCACCAUCAUCGUCGUCGACCUCCUCGCUCUAAGGCAAAGAUGAAGCUCCUCGUGCCCAAGCCCGAGUCGACCAACAACUCGCUCGUGCUCGACAUCAAGGCCAUCGAGGGCUUCCCCGUCGAGAUCCACCCCUACAAUGUCAAGGAGCCCAUCCCCGAGGAGCUGAUCGACGCAGAGUUCCUGAUCGUCUGGACCAACUCGGCCGCCAACCUGCAGGACGCCGCCAAGCGCAUGAAGAACCUGAAAUGGAUCCAGUCCUGCGCCGCCGGGCCCAACGACGUCUUCGCCGCCGGCUUUGACCCCUCCAUCACCCUGUGCACCGGCUCCGGCCUGCACGACCACACCGUCGCCGAGCACACCCUGGGCCUGCUGCUCAACGCCGCCCGCCGCUUCUACGAGAUGCGCGACUACCAGACAAAGAGCCAGUGGCCCCAGCACCUGGGCGGGCCCCAGCCCGACCGCCCCAAGGACCGCUUCACCUCCCUGCGCGACGCCAACGUCACCAUCUGGGGCUUCGGCAACAUCGCCAAGAAGCUGGCCCCCUGGCUCGUCUCCCUCGGCGCAAACGUCAAGGGCGUCGCCCGCAGCGCUGGCAUCCGCGACGCCUUCGAGGUCGUCAGCGAGGACCAGAUCGCCGACACCUUCAAGACCACAGACGCCCUGGUCAUGAUCCUGCCCGGCGACGACUCCACCAAGAACGCCCUCAGCAAGGAGAGGUUAGCCCUGCUGCCCAAGCACGCCUGGGUCGUCAACGUCGGCCGCGGCACCUGCAUCGACGAGGACGCCCUGUACAACGCCCUGGUCAACAACGAGAUCGGCGGCGCCGCCCUCGACGUCUUCGUCACAGAGCCCCUGCCCAAGGAGUCCAAGCUGUGGCAGGUCGAGAACGUCGUCGUCAGCCCCCACGCUGCCGGCGGGCGGCCCCAGGGCGCCGAGGCGCUCAUCGUCGACAACCUGAGGAAGUUCCUGGCUGGCCAGAAGCUGACGAACGAGAUCGCAAUCCCAAAAAAAGCCUGAAUGUGGCAGCUGGGGCCGGGGAGCAGCGCCGUGGCCGCGCGCGUCUUUGAUAUCCGAUAUAGUAGCAUCAGCAGCGUGGGAAAUGGCUCAGGCUGCCUUUAGAUUCGGUAGUAGGGUUUAAUUUGGAAGUUAUCAUAU